ACUGUAAGGUCUACACCUGUUGUAUUUGGCGCAUGUGACUAAAUGUGAUUUUAUAAUCACUAGUAGGCAGUCACAUUCUGAAGUUAAAGUGCCUGUUUUCUGAGCCGUUGUCAAUUACUGUAUUAGUCACUUCUGUAAAUCACUUUUGAUGCUAAUACAGGGGUCAAGUGUCUUGACAAUACCUGCCUAUGUAUAAGGCAGUUAUGCAAUUUCAAAUGUUAGUCACUGCAGCUGAGGAAAUGUGGUUUUAGUGGCUAUAGGAGUUUCCUCACCACUCACACAUUGAUUCAAACCUUUCGCUCACCUCUGCCUAAUGUGUUCUCCCAGGCUGCUACCACUAACAUCAAGUCAGCCCUCAGUACCAGCAACAAGAAAACCACUCUAGCUGCAGACUUCCAGUUCCCCCCUGAGACCCUGUCCCAACUCAGCCUCAAACCUGCCAGCACAGUAAGACCUCCUGUACACAACAACCAGCAUCAAAUAAACACAUUUUGGGUGAAAUGAAUGUAACACACACUAGUUGACCCUGUCCUGUGUCUCCAUGGUGAUGUGCUAAAACAAUGUUCAGCCGCUACCAGAUACAGUCAGGCCUUCAUCACCGUAGCUGAUUGGAACUGAUAUGCUGGUGCAACUGAUAAAGUGAAGAUUGUGAUGCCACUGACAUGUGUUCUAUGUCAGUAAACGUGUGUGCUCCAUGUCAGUAAACGUGUGUGCUCCAUGUCAGUAAACGUGUGUGCUCCAUGUCAGUAAACGUGUGUGCUCCAUGUCAGUAAACGUGUGUGCUCCAUGUCAGUUGUGUAAAGAGGGCCAGAAGAAGUUGUCUGGAGAGCUGGAAGGCAUCGGAGACUACGACUACAACAACACCAACGACACAGCCAACUUCUGCCCUGGCCUGCAGGGUGGGGACAGUGAUGAUGGUGAAGGUUUCAGUGGAGGUGCAGAUGACACCCAGCCUUCCGCAGACAGUAACCUCGCCUCCUCACAAGACCAUGACGACGUGUCCACCUAUGGGGAGGACGACCUGGUGCCAGAACCACACCGGGUGAACAAGAUUGAGAUAAACUACGCCAAAACAGCCAAGAAGAUGGACAUGAAGAGGCUUAAGAACAUCAUGUGGAAUCUUCUGACUGACAGUCUGGAAAAAACAGCCAAGCAGGAGAUGGAGAAUGCUGAGACUUCAGAGGUGUCUGGGGAGAAAGUCUUCAGUCAGACCACAAAGACCCUGCUUCAAAGCCUGCCCCCCACCAUGGCUCAGAACCUGUCUGUGCCCCUGGCGUUCGUCGCCCUGCUGCACUUGGCCAAUGAGAAGAAUUUGGAGCUUGUGAAGGUGGACGACAUGUCAGAUAUCGUCAUCAAGCAAGGUCAAUGAAAAGGGCUAAACAAUGGGACUUCAACAGAGACUUGUUUCCUUUUUCUCCUCAAUCUGCUUAUUCUCACCUUUUCUAUGUAUAUGAAGAAUUCCUGGCCAUUCCCGCCAUAUUUAGGUGAAAUAUGUUAUUUCUAGGAAAUGUAUAGUCAG